CUCUGAAUGAGAGAGAUUUCCCUCUUCCGUGUUGCUGGUGCAGAAUAUUGCUGGUGUGAUUGUCAGCUGAUGAACUUCUGCAGUUUGAGGGUUCUGCUCUCCCUGUGCCCACUCUAAUAACUCCACAACCAUGGCUGUAAAUCCACCAAAGAUUAAAGUGCUGCUCAGUGCCAACGAGAGACUGCAGAAACUGAAAGAGGCAUUUCAUGGAAAAUAUAAAGAAUCUCCUCUGUUUUAUGCAUGUGCACCUGGGAGAGUAAAUCUAAUAGGGGAACACAUUGACUAUUGUGGCUAUGCUGUCCUCCCCAUGGCCAUUGAGCAGAAUAUUCUUGCUGCUGUAUCAGUAAACAGUUCUCAAACCAUCCAGCUGGCCAACACUGACCCCAAGUACAAGGAUUUCACUGUGUCUGUCAAUGAAAUCACCAUAGACAGAGAGAAUCCUCAAUGGCAUUAUUAUUUUCUAUGUGGAGUUAAAGGUGUUCAGGAACAGCUAGGUUUGUCCUCUAUGACUGGAAUCAGCUGUGUUGUGGAUGGGACUAUUCCUGCUAGCUCAGGGCUGUCUAGCUCCAGUGCCUUGGUGUGCUGUGCUGGUCUGGUCACAAUGGAAGCCAAUCAGAAGACCAUUUCUAAAGUACUGCUUGCUGAAACAUGUGCCAAGUGUGAAAGGUACAUUGGUACUGAAGGAGGAGGGAUGGAUCAGUCCAUAUCUUUUCUGGCUGAAGAAGGAACGGCAAAACUGAUCGAGUUCAAUCCCCUGCGGGCCACAGAUGUGAAACUUCCUGAAGGCGCAGUCUUUGUGAUUGCUAACAGUUGUGUGGAGAUGAACAAGGCAGCUUCUUCCCACUUCAACAUUAGAGUAGUGGAAUGUCGCAUUGCCACAAAGGUGUUGGCUAAGGCCAGAGGCCUGGAGUGGAGCAGCCUUCAGAAGCUGGGGGAUUUGCAGAGAGCGCUGGGUUUGAGUCUGGAAAAGAUGCUGGAUUUGGUAGAGGAAGUCCUGCACCCUGAGCCCUACAGCAGAGAGGAAAUCUGCAAGAUUCUAGGAAUAACCACUGAGCAGCUCAGCAAAAACAUCCUCAGUGCUAACACUCAGCAUGUGACCCACUUCAGACUGUACCAGCGAGCCAGGCAUGUGUACAGUGAGGCUGACCGUGUGCUGCAGUUCAAGGCUGUGUGUGACUCAUCUCCUGAUGGUGCUGUCCUGCAGCUGGGCAAUCUAAUGAACCAGAGCCACACUAGCUGCAGAGACUUGUAUGAGUGUAGCUGCCCAGAGCUGGACCAGCUGGUGGACAUUUGUCUGCAGGCCGGUGCCGUGGGCUCUAGGUUAACAGGCGCUGGAUGGGGAGGCUGCACGGUUUCCAUGGUACCCACUGAAAGGAUGGAUUCUUUUCUCCGGACAGUGAAGGAGCAGUACUACACGCCUGAUGCUCGAAGAGCUGCUCUGGUACAGCAGAGCCUGUUCGUAACAAGGCCAGGGGGAGGAGCGGCCAUUUUUACAGAAGAAUAAAACACGAGGGAUCAUUUUUAAACCAUAUGAAGGGGUUCUGACAGUGAUCAAAGGGAUUCUAAUAGAUCUAAAAAAGGGAAAGCUACACAUAUACCUCUCAAUUUUUUCUUAUUAUCUGUAAUCAUUUUGUAUGCUUGUACAAAUUUCUAAGUGAUUUCUUCUGAUUAAAAAGACAUCUGUAGACCA